AUGGUGGUCGCUAGAGGAGGUGGCGGUGGCGGUGGACACGGGGGCGGGGGUGGUCAUGGUGGCGGUCACGGUGGUGGUCACGGCGGCAGAGGAUUUGGUGGUGGUCGUGGUGGAUUUGGUGGCAGAGGAUUUGGCCGCGGAGGUGGCGCCGCCAUUUUUGGACCUGGAUUUGGUAGAUAUUACGGUGGCGGUUAUCGAAGAUAUGGUCGGAGAGCGCCCGUUGUCGUUGGUGGAGUGGGAGUUGUAGAGUAUGCACCUUACGCGCGGCCCUACUGUUAUUACCAUCCUUGGGCGUGUUAUGACAACUACUACUAA